UAGCCUACACAAGGAACCCCAAACGUCGGCCAGACAAGCACAGCCAAGUGCUAGCGAGUAGAGAACAGACACUGUUGUUUUUCCUCGCUGACAUUACCCGACAAUCUCGCCUAGCCCGUGUCGCUGGUACCGCCCGCUCGCUCCUGUUGUUCCUGCCUCCUGACAUUAAAGCGGGUACUCAGCUCCCACCAUCACAGCCCAGCCCCCCCCCCCCCUCCCUCUCGGGCGAGACCAGAUGUCCUCCAACGCCAGGAUUUUAUCCCAGGGGAUAUUUUGUUUUGACACGAACACAAGUCUGCACCGCUCCUUCUCCUUACGCUUUGAUCUCAACUCUUCGACUUCCUAAUGAACGCUUGAUAACCCCGAGCGAGCCCCGGUGUAGAGGUGGAGUCGGAUACCCGUGGUCUGUUUACCUCCGCAGAUAAUCUCGAGGAACUCGGCGACUGCGCAAGACCGGAAGCUACGUCUCCGGAAGCGCUGUGCUCUCUGUUGGGAGAUCAAGACACGGGUUAGAACUCUGUAGCAGACGGACAGCGCGGUAACCCAACACCCACAACCUUAUACAAAAGCUCUGCAUUCAUAACAUAGAUGGAUUAUCUGGGACUUGCGGGCCUGCCAUCGGGCGUCUUUGCACCCGGCAAGCUGUGUCUGUCUGCUUAACGGACUCCCUAACUGAUGGACCAGGGAGCGCACAGCUGGCCAGGAUUUACCUUCCAGUAUAUUUAGAUCAGUUCAGGGAACUGUUCACUUCUUCUAGCAAAGUCUCUUUUUCUGGAACCUUCUAAGAACGCCGCUUCUACCUUCAGUGUUUGGAAGUGGUAUAAACUUCGGUUUUCAGCUGUGUCGUUCGUAUUGUUAGUACAAAACUACGAAACUUCGCACGUAAACUGCCAUUUGUGUCGAAAGUUUUCGUCUCCGUUAUUCUUGUAUAUCUAAAUGGAGUCGGAUAUUUGAUAUUGUUUCUCGUGAGCAACCACAAGGGAAGUGUUUGAUGCGCGGUAACCAUGACAAUGCCAUGUCCGUGAUCUCAGCCCGCGCACACCAAGGGCCGUCACUCUACGUGAUAGGUUCCCGGUCCAACAUGAGUGGUCCACCCGUGUCCGCGGCUGUGACGUCACCGGGGUGGGACCCGUCCUUCCACGGGUCUGUCCACACCGCCACGCUCGCCGUCUGCACCGUUCUCGUCAUCUUCAUCGUCAUCCUGGGAACGUUCGGUAACGGCCUGGUCCUCCUGUCCGCCCUACAAUGCCGGAAACUGAGGUCCAACUUUGACGUUCUGGUGUUCAAUCUGGCGGGCGCGGACUUCAUCGUGUGCUCGUGUCUGUCCCCGACAUUCUUGUAUCUCUUGUUCUCCCAUCCGCCCUCCCCGCGAGAGUUUUGCGGAGGGUUUCUGUUCGCGGCCACGACAUGCGGCCUGUUGUCUCUUCUUAGCUUGGUGGCGAUCGCGGCUCACAGACAGUCACGUGUCCGGGGGAGGGUCAAGGGCGCGCUGACCACCGCUCGGACCGCCAGUAUCUUAGCCACUAUCUACGUCAUCAGUCUGGCCACCGCUGUGGGCGGCACGCUGCACGUGUUCCUGUCCUGGGACGGUCAAGCCGAAACGUGUCAAGCCGUCAUGAACAGUGAGGACAUCACCAAGAACAAUGUCGUCCUCUUCUUCAUCAGCCCCGUCGUUGUCAUCAGCUUUGUCGUCAUCGUCGCGUCGUACGGCGUCAUCGCGCGAGCCGUCAGGAUCCAGACGUUCCUCAGAGUGAAGGCUCUCCAGCCCAUCCUACGAGCCACCAUGUACAACAAACCCACACCCCAACCCUCCGCUACAGCGCCAGGCGGUGACAAAAACGCUGUUACAACGUCUGUUUCUCCGGACAUGCAGAAAAUUCUAGAAGAGACAGCAGAAGGUGGUGGCGUGGUUGGAACAUCGCCCUCAUCAUCAUCAUCGUCAUCCGGCAAGAAGUCGGAACCUCUCAAACACUGCGGCUGCUGCAGCUGUAUGGCUGCACUCGAUAAGGAGAACAAAGCCGUGACGAUGUGUCUGGUGGUCAUCCUAAUCAUCGCUUUGUGCUGGACGCCGUUGAUCGUGUCUCACUUCGUGGAGCUCAUCACCGGAGAGUCCAUCAUCCUGUACCAGGUCAAACUCUGCGGCAUCGCCCUCGUCUUUCUCAACAGCGCGCUGGACCCCUAUAUGUACGCGCAGACGAACGGUCGGGUCAAACAGCGGUACGGGCGCGUGUGUUGGGACGUGCUGCGCUGUGAGUGUCGUCUGCCCUCUAGGCAGAAAUUCCGGACGUUAUCGAACACUAAACCUUCUGGAGUAAGGACGUUGCGGGGUGCAGGGGGUCCUGUCAUUGGUCCCGACUGCGCCACUUUACAGUUCCUGCAUCCCAAACCAAAGCAGGGGAACGGGAACACUGCCUUCAAAAAGCACACGAAGAACGCUGCUACAGUUCGGACUAUUUCAGAAAGGAGGAAGAAAUCGUGUCGAAGACAGAGACGGUACGCGUCAAACAUAAUCAUGUUCGGCAGUCCACACUUAACCGCUCCUACGGAUAUUAUUUGUAAGCCGGAAGCUGGACACCAUCAUGGUGUGAAAAAGACACAUGCGCAGACAGGUGUGAAGACAUUGGUGCACAAAACUUGCUGUCAUGCGCACUCGCCAGACGAUCAGAGUUUGAUCGAUUCCUGACGACGAACCUGUGUGUGCACUCGUGUAACAAAGGGGAAAGGGAAUGGGGAGGGGACGGGGGGAGAAAAAGGAGGUGGGAGAGAGAGAGAGAGAGAGAGAGAGAGAGAGAGAGAGAGACGUUAACUAUCAAGCUGUAAAACAGAAUAAGGAAAGGAACAAAAAGUGCUAACAGUGGUAGAUACGUCACUAGAAAGCAUGCCUAGUUACAACACCGCAGUACGUCAUUUGGUAUAUUUUUAUCUUGAAAGAAAGCAAUUCGUGUACAGUAUUUAUGGCUUUGCAGCGUUUUCUGUGUGAACUAGUGGUAAAUGUAAUUCACACUCAACAAUAAAUGAUGAUGUAAUCUUCACAUCCGUGAUGUAUUUACACAAUAGCCAAUGACGCUUUUCCCUUUAAAUCUCUCCCACCAACCGCCCCCCCCCCCCCCCAAAUCCCCUUUCUUUUCCUGUAAUAAGUAAGGUUUUUACUUCAGGCAGAAAUCCUCCAAAUAACUCGAUUGAGCCUCUUGUUCCAUUCCUUAUUCUGUGGGUUGCUAAAGCUCGUUGUAUCUAUGAAAGGUGUGGUGACAGAAUGACAUAAGCCAUAUGUACGUAUGUUGUAUGUUGAGAGAUGAUUCUUUGAACCCGGCCCAUCGACUCGUCUGUGCUGGUGGGCUGGUUGUGUUAGUGUGGCUGAAGUGUUGGCUGGGAUAAUAUGUUUGUGAAUAGUUCGUCAAUUUGUUAUCCACAUUAAUUGUUUUUUUAACUGAACAUUUUUGUCUUUUGCUGGAAAUUGAGCCUAUAUGACAGUGUGACAACUUGAGAUUUUAAAAAAAAGAACCAAUACAAACCGCAUUAGGAAAAAGAGACAGUGAGAGAGACUGGGAGAGAAGGGGUGUCGGGGACUUGGGACCUGCCAUCAGAAAGUAGAAUGACAAGCAACAAGACGGAGAGAGUGGAGAUAAGAGCGAAAA